UAGGGGGAGCUUCUGCCUUUGAAAACUGCCCCCCCCUUUCUGAAAGUCCUAGCUGUUUCCAGACUUGCUGGACUCCCCAGAGAGCGCUUGGCUGCAGGCAGCUGGAAGUUCAUCCUGGCUCCCGAGUGGCUCCCUCUGCCUGGAGGGAGGAGUCGGCAGCGAGGGAGGCUCACAUCCCGUCCGUUCAUUCUGCUGUGCUCCUGUGCCCCAGCUAGGCUGGAGAGAGGAAGCGCUCGUGGACUGUCUCCUUGCUGAAGGCGCCGGGGAAGUUCCAAGUGGAGUCCCUGCUCUCUGUCUCCUUUGGAAGGGUCGCUGAGCAUGAGUGUGUGUGAGAGACAGAGCAGCCAAGACCGAGGCCAGAGGGAAGCAGCAGCUCCUAGGAUUUCAUUCUGAAACAGCUGCAAGAUCAGAACAGUCUGCGGGCUGCUGACUAGGGCUGUUGGCUUUGUGGGGGGAUAAUCAACGUUAAGCUCUGAGCUGUGCCUUGGGAAGGAGGUGCGGUCAUGGGCAGCUCUUGCAGAUACAUCGUAGCUGCCGUCGCCUCCUGGGAAGAGUGCAGUUCAGCAGUUGUCGCUUGGAACUGGGUGGCAGUUUGCAGGGACCCGCCCUCAUUUGCUGCCAGCCCCUGAGACUUUGCUUUGCACCGAGAGGAGAAAACUGGCAGGAUGUUAUCUGGGUAAUGAGCUUUAAUUGCUGAUGGGGCUGGAGCAGUUCACGUUGUGAGUGCCCCUGGUAAACACAUCCCGUGCACUCUGGAACGGAGAUCCUGAGUGGCUGCCAGACAGAGGGUUUCAGCAGGUGGGAGGAAAGGAGGGGCUUGGAUUUGCUUGGCUUCUCCUUCAGAAGCAGCCUUGCCAGUGACUGAACCAGCCAUGCCAUGGAAGAUGGGCCUCCAUAACUAGUGUCCCAGGACUGCAAAACUGGCCAGGUGGUGGGAGUGGCUCUGGCCAGACUCUUGCAGGUGGCUGGCGAGAUCCUUGGCCCGGCUUGUUCGACUCCGUUGCGUCUUCUCCUUACCCCUACCUGGAUGUUUGUUGGAGAAGUGAAGGGGCUCAAGGUGGGGAAACUUGCCUGCAGUUUGCAAUGUUUUUUCCAUGUGAGCCAACCUGCACAGGUCCCACCUUGCUUGAGGCUCCUGGUUCUGAGACUUCAGGUGUUUAAGGACCAUUUGUGACCCACACAAGGGGAGGGCUAUGGAGGGUUCCCCUUCUUUUCCAGAGGGGGUGUUGCCACCUGAGACAGCAGCCACAGGGGAGAAGUAGGGAGACCCUGCCUCUCGAAGAGCUGCUGGGGAGGCUGGGAUCCCUAACCCCCCUCCCCCCAGGUCUGUUUCAAGCCUUUCUGGGAACCCUCGGCUGAAAAGUAGGUCAGCACCUGACAUUGUGCAGCCAUGGCCGACCACCUGGAGCUCCUCGCUGAGAUGUCAGCAGUGAGCCGGAUGGGCACGCAGGAACGGCUGAAGCAUGCCCAGAAGCGCCGCACUCAACAGCUAAAGAAAUGGGCUCAGUUUGAGAAGGAGGUGCUGAGCAAGAAGUCCAAAGCGGAAAAGAAGAAAAAGGGGGGUAGCAAGGAGAGACGUGUGGUAUUCCCCGCCAACACCUGCCUGUUGGAGGCUGCCUGCCGCAACGACGUGGAUGAAGUCCGGCAGUUCCUCCUGAGCGGCAUCAGCCCCAACUUGUGCAACGAAGAUGGCCUCACCGCGCUGCACCAGUGCUGCAUUGAUGACUAUGGGGAUAUUGCCGAGCUGCUGCUGGAAGCGGGGGCCGAUGUCAACGCCUGCGACAGCGAACUCUGGACCCCGCUGCAUGCUGCCGCCACCUGUGGACACCUGCAUUUGGUGGAGCUCCUCAUCGAAAAAGGUGCCAACCUGCUUGCGGUCAACUCGGAUGGGAACAUGCCCUACGACCUCUGUGAGGAUGACGUGACGCUGGACUACGUUGAGACCGCCAUGGCCGACAGAGGUAUAACUCAGGAGACCAUUGAGGAUGCCCGGUCAGCAGUGGAGCGCGCCAUGGUGGAGGACAUCCACCGGCUGCUGAAAGAAGGGGUUGACCUGGACACGCCCUUGGACCACAGAGCAACCUUGCUGCACAUUGCCUCGGCCAACGGCUACCUGGAGGCUGCCGAGUUGCUGCUGGAACACAAAGCCAGCAUGAGCGUCAAGGAUAACGAUGGGUGGCAGCCCCUCCACGCGGCUGCUUGCUGGGGCCAGAUCCAUCUGGUGGAGCUGUUGGUGGCUCACGGAGCAGAUCUCAACGGGAAGUCAGUGCUGGAUGAGACCCCACUAGAUGUCUGUGCAGAUGAAGAGGUGCGUGCCAGACUCUUGGAGCUGAAGCACAAACAUGAUGCCAUCAUGAAAUCCCAUGACAAGCACAAGUCUCUUCUCCAGCGUCGCACCUCCAGUGCAGGCAGCCGAGGGAAAGUGGUGCGGCGGGUGAGCGUGACAGAGCGCACCAACCUCUACCGCAAGGAGCAUGAGAAGGAGGCCAUUGUCUGGCAGCAGAUGGAGCAGCGUGAGAGUGAGGGGGAGGACGAGGACCGCCAGACAGAUACUGAGCUCCAGCCGCCGCCGCCUGAUCCUGAGGCCAAGGCAGCAGAGACAGGAGGCGCGCUGGGGGAGGAGCUGUCCCAGCGCAACGGCGCAGCCCCUCCCAAGCACUUGUACUCCAAGCGGCUGGACCGCAGCGUCUCCUACCAGCUGGCCACGCAGGACGAGCUCAGCACGGAGAAGGCUCACCAUACUCUGGCCGAACUGAAGCGACAGAGGGCGGCCGCCAAGCUGCAGAGACACCAAGCGGAGGAGUCCGCGGCUCCCCGCCCGGACUCGGCCCCCCAUUCUGUCUACUACACGGCAGCCAGUGGGGAGCCGCCCCUCCUCAAGCUGACUGCUCCGGUCGAAGAGAGCCCAGCUGAGAAGAAGCGUUGCUGUAAGCUGAUGUGACCCUGAGAGGCCUGAGCCGAGCUGAAAGUUCAGUCGACACGGGGCUUUUGCCGCCCUCCAGGCUUCCCUUCCAGAGCAGAUCCACAGGGAAGCGCUGCUCCGGCCUGGGGCAGAACACGAGCUCACCACCGUGUCUUCUGCUGCCGGCCUUGCGAGACUCCCAUUCUCAGCCUGCCGUCCUCUGCUGGGAGCUGCAGUCUCAGCCGGCCAGGUCUCUGUGUCAGGGGAAGACGGCUCUUUGGCUGCCUACGGGCUUCAGUGGUUCUCAAGGGAGAGUCCCUGCAGCUGUUGGCUUACCCUUGCAGGCUUCAAGGAUCUCAGGGAAGGACCAGGCAGUACUGGUGCGUGGGGAGUUCUGGUUGUGCUGUGGCCUGCUGUGGCAUUGGCAUUGGCAGCUGGGGCGCAAGCGGAGGCCAGCUUUCCAGCGCCGGAGUGUGGUGGUGGCGGCUGCAGCUCAGGAAACAGCUGCAAAUGGUUGCACUGCUACAGACUUGAAGGGUGCCGGGGGUGAGGGCUGGCUUGCCUCCUGGGGGCCAGAUGUGGUUUGUGCCUGGGCUUUUGUGCAGCUCUGUGAUAGAAGCCGAGUGCUGCACCCGGCCUCUGCCACCCAGCCUCACUUGGGGCGGAGGGGUGAGCUGGAGGCGCUGGCUCUCUUUUCUCAGGUUAACUCUCCCCUUUCCAAUGUGCCUUUCCCCCGAACGGUGAGCUGCUCGAACUGAGUGCAAAGCAAAGGGCCUCUUCCCCCGAAGGCAGGCCUCCACCUGGCCAUCUUCUCUUCCCCAGAAAAAGGCACGCUGGGAAGGAGAGGUGGCAGGAAGAAUUUCCCCCUUUUCUCUGCAUGAAAAGUGGGGUUUUCAGAACAACAGGGCUGUUUGUGUCUGAGGAGUCUCUUCAGGGGUCGGAGACCAGCUGUGUUCCCUGUGGGGGGCUCUUGAGCAGGUGAAAUGGGGCAAGUUGCAUUCCUCUCAGAAACAGUCCAUGAAUCGGCCACAGUAAUCAGCCUUCAUGGAGCAAAUGGCCUGGUUUUCUCUCCUUUGGCAGGGCACCUGGUGCCUCCCAGCAGAGCUCUCUGGCUUUGUGGUACAGCGGCGGACCCCCCCCCCAAUCCAGUCCAGGGACCGGUGGCCUUAGAGGGCAUUCGGAGUGGCACUCCAAUUUGCCCGCCGUGCCGGGAGGCCAGCAGUAGCCUCCCUCCCUUUCACUCCGGAAGUGGCUUGCCCGGGGCUUUGCUGCUGGGAAGUCCAGCGCUCUCGCGCCUCUUGAGGGAGGUUGUCUAACGGAGCCUUUUUGGGGCUCCACACAGCUGCUUGCAGACUCCUCUGCAGGCAAGCCUGCCAGGCUUUUGCUGUGUGGGGAGGCGGUUUUGUACAAAGUGUUCCUCUUUUGAUCGUGUGGAAGGUGGCCACGUAGCAUUGCAUGGCCUGACCCAAGGGAGAAUUCUCCUCUCUUCCCCACCCCCUAACCCCAUGAUUUUGCACACCCUGAAUAUUUCUGUUCUCCUUUGUCGAAUCCUUUUCUUAAAAUUGUGUCCGUGUUUUUUCUAAUGUCUUGUUUUUCACCCUGUUAAUUCCUCUCAUUGAUGAGGCAGUCAGUUGAGUGGCUGCUCCCUUCGCAACACCCCCCAAGCCUGGGCCUGGGUGGGGGCUGGAAAACCAGCCGAUCUAGUGAGGACCAAAGGAAGUAUUCCCCACCCACCCACCCCCCAAUCCCUCACACAUUCCAGGACAGCAGCAGGGCUGUGGAAGGAGCUCAUCUCUGCUAUGGCCCAAGUGGGGCUGGGCUCCCCCCCCCCCCGCUGCCAAUGUAUGUGGCAUAAAGAACGUCCUGAGGCCUGGCUCAUCACUAGCUGUUUGCCCCCCCCUCUUAUUUUCUUUGGGGCCUCCUUUGAGCACCCCUCCAGCCCUGUAGAGUUUCCCUCCCCGCUUGGGGACAAGGGCAGGGCCAAAGGCCAGUCCUUGAGGGGCGGGGCUGUUUCUCCAUCCUGCUCUCUGGGUAUGGAGGCCUGGGCCUUGUGCAGCUCCUCAGUGGGGGAACAAGGCGGUCUCUCCCACACCCUCCAACGAGGGAGAGGAAGAGGAGGCCUCGGCUCCUCCUGCCUGGCUGUGCUGCAGACCUCUCUCCACUGGGCUUGUGCCCCUUUCCGGCACAGAGUCCCAGCAAGCGAGUCUUGCCCUGCCAGUGAAAUUUUACCCUUUUGGACGCCACUGGCCUGAGCCUUCUGAGGAGGCCUAGGCAAGCUCUCUGGGGUUUGCUUUCUUUGCAUACCCCCCGAUCCUGCAUUCUGUGCUGUUCCCAGGUAGGUAGGGAGUUGCUGUAUCCAAACCACUGGUCCCUCAUCUCUCUGCUGGCCUGCUCAUGCUCCAGGGGCCAGGGCAGAGCCUGGCUUUCCCUGACACCUUUUCCCUGAGAUCCUUUGGCUAGAGAUGGCAAAGACUGAUCCCAAGCCCUCCUGCCUGGCGCACUAGUGAAUCUCUGAGCAUUUAUCAUUUGAAGGGGGCUACUCCAGGCCAGGCUCUGCCCCCCCAUCCCCCCCCCGGGCCAUUGCCCGUGUUGUAAAGGAAGCCAGCUGAACGUGGCGAGUGCAAUAAUAACCCCUCCCCCCCCAGCUCUUGGAGGAGUGCAGACCUGGCCGAGAGAGUUGGUGGAGGUGCUUCUGUGCACCAGCUGCCCUUCUGUGGCCUAGGCACUGGAGGCUUGGCUAGAUGGCAGCAAUUCUUGGCAGAUGGUCUUUAGGAAGACUAGGGGGAGCAGGGUGGUCCAACACGCCCCCCCCCCCGGGGAACCGGACUUAAGAGUGCUGGAGCUCUGGGGGAAGAUUGGCUUGACUGCAGCAGCCACUGGCCUGCAGCAGUUUCCAAAGCCUGGCCAUUUUGCCAGGUUCAUUUUCUCGUGCGAAUAUGACCUCUAGCUUCUGCUCCUGGCUCCCCCCUCUAGCUUUGCGUGUUGGAAUUGCCAGUUUCGUUCAGGCUUUUGCUGCCGUUCAGGUGCCACAAGGCUCCUGGCAGGUUUUCACAAACAGGUCUGCUAGGCAUUUCGGAGGGUUUGGCAGGAGAGAGGUGGUCAGCAGUGGGCAGGCUCUGCCAACAAAGAGGUACUGCAUUUGCCAAGCAGGAGCUUGGACAGCCUUGCCGAGGGCUCCCAUGCCGAGCUUGUUCAUAUUUCCCUUCCCUCUUGGCCAGUUUUCUUCCCUACCAAAGGCCUCCUCGGCUUUAGCUCCUGGAACAAGCCCCUGACUUACUCUUUGCUUUAUUUCUUGAGAACGGAGCACAACCAACUGCUUCCUGCCCUGGAGGGGUUCAGUAAGGGCUUUGCCCUCUCUUCCUUUGCCCCCCUUUCCUGGCCAGAAGUGGCUUCAGCUGGAGGGUAGGUGAGGCGUGUGCCGCAAGCAGUAGACGUUGGGUGCCAUGAGGGAAGGCUGGGCGAGGGGCAGGCAGGUCCGUCUGGCCUUUGGGCUCAGUCAUCUUGGGACAUUCUCCUGCACAGGAAUGCAAGAGCCAGGGCAGGCACUCGUUUCCCUGUGAGGCUUGGGCUGGAGAGCUUCCCGGUGGAUUGCUUCUCCUACGUCUCGGGCCACUCCUGCUGUCCCCGCCUCCAGCAUCGGGACCCUCUCCUUUGCUCAGGUUGCUGCUUGGGGGAGGGACGAAAGGGGGAGCUUCUGAUUGGCCCUUUUCUACCAAUAAAAGUGUUCUUGUAAAAACCA